AUGAGGCCGCUGCCGGGCGUUCCCGGCGUGGCGGCGGCCGCCGCGCUGUUGCUGCUGCUGCUGCCCCGGGCCCGGGCGGACGAGCACGAGCACACGUAUCAGGAUAAAGAGGAAGUUGUCUUAUGGAUGAAUACCGUUGGGCCCUACCAUAAUCGCCAAGAGACAUAUAAGUACUUUUCACUUCCAUUCUGUGUGGGGUCAAAAAAAAGUAUCAGUCAUUACCAUGAAACUCUGGGAGAAGCACUUCAAGGAGUUGAAUUGGAAUUUAGCGGUCUGGAUAUUAAAUUCAAAGAUGAUGUGAUGCCAGGCACUUACUGUGAAAUUGACUUAGAUAAAGAAAAGAGAGAUGCAUUUGUGUAUGCUAUCAAAAAUCACUACUGGUACCAGAUGUACAUAGAUGACUUACCAAUAUGGGGUAUAGUUGGUGAAGCAGAUGAAAAUGGAGAAGAUUAUUAUCUUUGGACCUAUAAAAAACUUGAAAUAGGCUUUAAUGGAAAUCGAAUUGUUGAUGUUAAUCUUACUAGUGAAGGAAAGGUGAAACUGGUUCCCAAUACUAAAAUCCAGAUGUCAUAUUCAGUAAAAUGGAAAAAAUCAGAUGUAAAAUUUGAAGAUCGAUUUGACAAAUAUCUUGAUCCAUCCUUUUUUCAACACAGGAUUCACUGGUUUUCAAUUUUUAACUCCUUCAUGAUGGUUAUCUUCUUGGUGGGCUUAGUUUCAAUGAUUUUAAUGAGAACUUUAAGAAAAGAUUAUGCCCGGUAUAGUAAAGAAGAAGAAAUGGAUGACAUGGAUAGAGACCUUGGAGAUGAGUAUGGAUGGAAGCAGGUGCAUGGAGAUGUAUUUAGACCAUCAAGUCACCCACUGAUAUUUUCCUCUCUCAUUGGUUCUGGAUGUCAGAUAUUUGCUGUGUCUCUCAUUGUUAUUAUUGUUGCAAUGAUAGAAGAUCUGUAUACAGAGAGGGGGUCAAUGCUCAGUACAGCCAUAUUUGUCUAUGCUGCUACAUCUCCAGUGAAUGGUUAUUUUGGAGGAAGUCUGUAUGCUAGACAAGGAGGAAGGAGAUGGAUAAAGCAGAUGUUCAUUGGUGCAUUCCUCAUCCCAGCUAUGGUGUGUGGCACUGCCUUCUUCAUCAAUUUUAUAGCCAUUUAUUACCAUGCUUCGAGAGCCAUUCCUUUUGGAACAAUGGUGGCUGUUUGUUGCAUCUGUUUUUUUGUUAUCCUUCCUCUAAAUCUUGUUGGUACAAUACUUGGCCGAAAUCUGUCAGGUCAACCCAACUUUCCUUGUCGUGUCAAUGCUGUGCCUCGUCCCAUACCGGAGAAAAAAUGGUUCAUGGAGCCUGCAGUUAUUGUUUGCCUAGGAGGAAUUUUACCUUUUGGCUCAAUCUUUAUUGAAAUGUAUUUCAUCUUCACCUCUUUCUGGGCGUACAAGAUCUAUUAUGUCUAUGGCUUCAUGAUGCUGGUGCUCGUCAUCCUGUGCAUUGUGACUGUCUGUGUGACCAUCGUGUGCACGUACUUUCUACUCAACGCAGAGGAUUACAGAUGGCAAUGGACAAGUUUUCUCUCUGCUGCAUCCACUGCAAUUUAUGUUUACAUGUAUUCCUUUUACUAUUAUUUUUUCAAAACAAAGAUGUAUGGCUUAUUUCAAACAUCAUUUUACUUUGGAUAUAUGGCGGUAUUUAGCACAGCCUUGGGGAUAAUGUGUGGAGCAAUUGGUUACAUGGGAACAAGUGCCUUUGUCCGAAAAAUCUAUACUAAUGUGAAAAUUGACUAA